AUUCUGUCAAAUGUCAUGCGAACAUUUCAAAUCGUGCGCCAUUUGUUGCUUUGUAUAGGGCGGUUAGAAAAAUAAGUGCCUAGGUUUUAAAAAGCGAACCGGUGUUUAAAAUUAUUUCUUUGUAAGUAUGAGCGGAACUGUAAUAUUUCCAUCACCAAACUGGUUUCAUGUGUCUGGACUAGCAGUAUCCAAGGAUGGUUGGUUAAUUUACGGCGGACCCAGCAAGAGUAUUUGUGUUUUACAACCGUUGAAUCAAAAAAAACAUGGAUCAGGAAAGGAGGGUUCCUAUGAAGCCCACGUUCUGAUUAGAGCCCACUCCGAGAAGAUAGUAAGUGUUGAUAUUUGUCGAGAAUGGCCAGAAAAGAAAUUGUUCUUGACAGGCAGUGUAGACGGCAGCGUGAAGCAGUGGAGUUUGGAAAAUGAUCAGAAUAGAACAAUUCUGAAGUCAACACAUUGUCUUGAUACUCAUCAGAAUGAAAAAGAGGAUGUAGCAGGAGUAGGUUACAGUAGUGAAUCAUUUGCAAUAACAGUUGGAACAUAUGGCAAUGUUGUCAAAUGGGACUUGAGUUCAAAUGUGGCAAAAUCUUACAAUAGAUUUUUGAAAAAAUAUAAACCAACUUGUAUAGCUUGUUCUCACCAUAUCCCUUUAAAUGUUGCUGUAGGCACCAAACAAGGUGUCUUGUUUGUUCUAGACUUGAGUGGUCAAGGUAGUAUUGUAUACAAAGUCAGAUGCCAGGAUGAUGAUAUUGUCAAUGUUUCAUGGUGUCCACAAUAUAAAAUGCUACUUAGGAAAUUUCUCAUGGAAUCUAGUACCAAAUCAAGUGCUACAGAAAGAUUGGAAAGAAUCAGAUCUAAAGUAGCUGAAGGGAAUCCAAAUGAGUCUGGAGUUGAAAAGAACUUACCUGAUGAUAGUUUUGCGGAUGAUGAAUCUAUUGUACAGGAGGAUGAUACAUUUGAUAUAUAUAAAGAUCAUGAGCCAGAUGAGUUUGGCCACAAAAAGUUUGAACCAAAAGAUAUUAUAAUUAAAAUUAAGGAAGAUAAAGAGCCCAAUGAUUUUUUGACAGAAUGUUUAAAACUAAAAGAGGAUAUAUUGAAGAUUAAAAAUGAAUCUGAUGAGUCAGUAGAUAAUCUUGUGGAGGCAUUAGAUAAAACACAUGUUGAUAGCGAUGCAGAAAGUUCUUCUGCAUCACCACCAGCUAAUGAAAAAGAACUGAACGAGUCAAGUGGACAUAUUCAGAAGCAUCUUCUAGCUACAGUGGGAAAAAAUGGUGGUGUAAAGAUAUGGUCAAAAACUGGUAAAUUAAUGGGCAGCUGUGUGGUGACAAAUAAUAAUAACAAUAAUAAUAAGAAUAAGAACGCUAAAGGCCCUAGAUCUAUCACAAUAUUGUGGUAUAAACCCGAUGUUCUUCUCAUAGCUGAUGGAAAGAGCCAAUUGCUGCAAUGCAAUCCAUUAAUUGUUGAUUGCAAAGGCAAAUUACAAUGGAAGAUAGUUCAUUCAUUGCACAAGCGUGGAUUAUUCGGUAUCGCCACUAACGCACCGCGUGUGCAAUCUAUGGAUACUCUGAGCGAUCCUUCGGCAAGCGAGUCGAGCGACUGGUCGCCGGACAAGUGGAGGGUUUGGACUGUUGCCCAGGAUCGCAAUCUUAUUUGCUACGACAUGGAGAAACGUGAGAAGGUCGCCAUGUACAAUACAUGCGGAGGCUUCCUUUACACUCUGCAGUCGUGUCCGUAUGAUGCUAAAAGCCUGGCGAUAAGUGUAGGAGAUGGAGCAGUCAGAGUUUGUGAAACGGAUACUUUAGAAGAGGAUGAUACCAAACUAUCCCUGGGGCGUACCUACACGUAUUGGCAAAAUGUGCAGGGAAAAGUACUAACCAUAGCUUGGCAUCCCACUCGUGAAAACUUGCUCGCUUUUGCUACUGGAGAAUCGAGGGUUGGCUUAAUAGAUGCGAGUGGCAAAAUGGAGCGGCCAGCAAAGACUUUGGUGCCAUCUUUGCGAGGCCCGAUAUAUUCGCUGUGCUGGGGCGAUGAAUACGACUUGUAUGUUACCGGAAGUGGUCACCUUGUUAAAUACAAAGCCGACAAACCAGAUGAAGAUCCAGUGCAAAUAUAUGUGACAUUUGAGGGUCAGAAAUGGGAGAUCAGUUCAACAAGUUGGUAUCCCAGGGGGAUGCUGUGCGGCAGUAAUAGCGGUGCAGUGGCUGUAUUAGAGCCUUAUACACGGGAACUAAUCACGGUUGCAUUCGUAUUCAGCAAAAUGAUACACAGCAUGGAGUGGCAUCCCCAACAAACCUCAAGUUCUAGCGAAGAGUCGCCUUAUAAAGAUCUGAUCGCGAUCUCCUCGCUCGAUAAGUCCUGCGAAAUUGCUAUCGUGGAAUAUGCUGAUAAAGGCGAUGGUCCAAAAUUACUUAUAUUGAAAUGUCUAAGUGGUCACAAAAAAGCGGUGCUGCAAUUGGCUUGGAACCCACACAAGGAUGCACAGCUUUUAUCCACCUCACAUGACAGAACUAUUAGAGUCUGGGAUGUAUCGGAAGCUGUAUGUAUAGCGAUAUACGACGGGCACUCGCAGUCGUCCCUCGGCGCGGCUUGGAGUGCAUUCCCACACCUGCCUUCCACUGUGAUGUCGGGAGGGGCGGAUUGCUGCCUCAGAGUGUGGAGGGUAGAGGAUUACCCAGCAGAAGCUUACACAGAAAUCAGAAACGAAACAGCAUCCAAGAAGGAAAAGAAGAAGAGAGCGAAAGAAGAAGAAUUUAUUAAAGAGGUGGAACCAGAACAUACCGACGACAACACACACAUGGGACAGAUUGCUACUAGUAUUGAAAUUAAAUCAAAAGCUUCCAAACAAUUUCUAUUGCCAACUAUUCAUGCCAAUAUGAGAAAUUGUAAUGCGCUCUGCUUAAGGAAGAUAGCUGAACAGUUCAAUAAAAGUGGUAACAAAACUAAUUCUGAUAAAAUAAAUGUUAUAAAAUCUGAGGUGGUUAAAACAAAUGGUGUAUUGACAUCUGAAGAAAUCAAAACCACUGAUGAUAAAAAUGAUGAAAUAGAAUCGAAAGAUGAGUUAAAUAAGGAAGAACUAGAAACUAAUGAUGUCAAAGAUGAUGAAAAUAUGUAUUUAGAUUUUUGGAAGAUUUUCGGCAACACAAAUGAUUUUAAUGAAGUGCUAGAUUUAGAAAUGCACCGCCACCUCGAGCAAGAGAGGUUCGAGUCUUGGAACAUGCUAUCAAUAUUCCGCGGUCACAUCGACUCGAUGAUCCAAUUCGCGAGCCAGAGGGACGCACUAUGCCCCUUCCUAGUCUGCUUAUCACCGUGUGUUUCAUUCAAAUUUUGGAAAGAUGUGACACAACUUUAUCUGGCCCAAAUCGAGAGGGUAGUCGCCAAAGGAGAGUUGUACAAAAUUUGCGAGAACAAGUGGUACGGUGGGAGUACAUACAGGCGUGUAGCGGUGAUGCUGAGCUUACACGACAUGCGAGGCGCCGUCACUGCGCUUAUCGACGCUCGCCUCUUUGUGGAAGCCUUCGUCCUAGCAAAGGCGAGGCACCUGGACAGUUUGGCAAAGGACGUACUGCAUGCGUGGAUAACUGAUAGUCUACGCACGGGGCAGAUAGAAAUGGCGGCUAUGUGUUGUUUGGCAUUAGGGGACCUGUAUAAAGCGGCGAUGACGUUGGCAAGCUCCAACGACCAACAGUUGCUAGGCGUGGCCGCAGAGUUCGCCAAGGCUGCUGGACAGCCGACAUUCGCUACACACAUUGAAGAUAAAAAGUCGAUUAUCAUCAGUGAAACCCCAGAGCCCGACGCUGACGAAGAUUUAAAAGAUCUACCCACCAAAAUUGAUCUGCUGAAAGAUAGUAUCAAAAUAGCUGACGUUGGUGAAACUAUAGACUAAUAUUUUUUUUUUGUAAUUCCCAGGCCAUAUUGUGAAAAUAUGGCAUUUGCUACGUAACCUGCCAAUUUGGUUAUGUCUAGAGAUUUGUAUACAACGAUGUCUUAUACCUUAACGAAAAUAUCUUCUCGAACUUCAAAAAAAACGUGCGAUUAAAUUAAGCACUUUUUUUACUUAUCUAAGCAUUUAGACGUUAUUGUUGAAAUAUACAGUGUUGUCCUUUUUUUAUAAUCAAACGGUGCGUAAUUUUUUCUUUGUUCCAUAAGUUAGUGAUUGGUAUAACCCGCGCCAUUAAAAGAAUAGAUUUAUAAUAGACGACCGAUGACGUGCUAUCCCUUUUCCUCAAUAUACGGGCGCAAGAGAUUGCAGGACAAGGAUCAAAUAUAUUUUUCACAACUUAGAUACAACAUAUGGCUAUCAGAUGAAAGGGUCUGACUAGUAGGGCACUAUUAAUUCAUUUCAACCCAUUACCGGCCCACUACAGACACAGAGCACGGGUCUCCUCCGACAAUGAGAACGG